AUGGCCACUCCUCCAAUUUCAUACACAAGAUUGAGACAAAUCGCAAGUGAUGCCUGUCAAAAUGCACUUGGAAGUGCAGAGUUCUAUGAGCACAGCAAGACAGAAUCUUGGAAUACUACCAUCAUUAACUCCAUUCUCAAAUCUCUCAUCUCCGAAUCUACACCCUCAACCGGCGGUUCCCCCUCUUUCAAAUACGCAGUCAAUUCCACCAUCAUUCAGCAUCUAGUACCUACAUCCUCGCUCAACAAAUCCAAAGCAUCACCUCCAACAACCACAGAAGAUACAACAGACGAUGCGAAAGUGACAACAAGUGAUGCACAAGGAGAUGCAAAGAGCACAGAUGGUAAGCCUCACGUAGGAAGGAGGGGAAUGCACAGUGCGACGGGAGCUUAUUGGAAUGAGAAAACGGAUGGCAUGUGGAGUUUUAAGUAUGAGGGUGGUGAGAAUAAGGGUCUGGAUGUGGUUAUCAGUGUCAUUUGGAUUGCGUUGUAG